AUGAUGUCAACAGAUGAAACGAUUGUACAUUUAAAUCAUGAUAUCAAAUUAUUGAAUGAACGGUGUGCAGAUUUGCGUCAAACUUACGAUUUACAAGCUGGUCUUAUGAAGAUGAAUCAACAGUUACUUGACCAGUUAUCUAUUUCGUCUCAACAGCAGCUCGUCUCCACCAAUUUAAUAGACAAAUUAUCGGCUACAAUUGAAAAGCUACACUCAUCCUUAGAAGUUCAAUCUGAACAACAAACUUUUCAGAAACCAUCCGUUACUGCUAAAUUAAUGCAAUCAAGUUCCAUAUUACAAUCAUCUAACCAUGAACAAUCAAAAUCAAAUCCAUCUGUCCCUAUUACUAUUACUGGUUCGAGUAUCGUUCGCGAUUUGGAACCAGGUAAACUAUUUGUAGGCGAUAAACAUUUUGAUAUAAAAAUUCGUACAAAACAUGGCGCCUCAAUUAAACAAUUAACACAUAUGGUUAAUAAUAAUUGGAUUGAUCAACAUUUUAAUCUUUCAUCACACGCUAUAAUUUCCAUCGGUUCAAUUGACAUGAAACACAUUAAUUCUGACAAAGCCAUAGAGCUUCUUAAUCAACUUAUUCAAACAUUGAAACGUAAACAUCAACAUAUAAAACCUACAUUUGUUACAAUACCACCUCAGUUUGAUCCUAACUUAAAACCAUCUUUGCAAGACCAAUUAAACAAUGAGAUUGAUGAUUUUAACCAGCGGCUGUUAUCUUUAUCUGAUAUUGACAUUAUUAAUUGUAAGUUUACUCGAAAUAUGUUAGCUCGUGAUGGUAUCCAUUUGAACGAUCUUGGCACACGUAAGCUAACUGAAGCUAUUGACGUUUAUUUGAAGAAUUGCAUUUAA